UAAAACGCAGGAAAGACAAGUUGUACCAGACAGUGACCACAUUACCGGCCAGUAGGGGCUAACUUCAAGAGGAAGAGACACUUGCUCCGACGAAACCGAAAGAAAACAAAAUGUCUGGCAGAGGAGUAGAUGAGGAGGAGGAGGUGGCUGUGACACACACAGGACCAAAGGGAGUGAUUAAUGACUGGCGAAAGUUUAAGCUGGAAAGCUCAGACCAGGAGGCUUUGCCUCCCAACAAGAGGGAAUUGCUGAGACAGAUGUCGUCACCACACAAACCAAAAGAUGAUUCCAUGGGUAGCCUUAACCGCAAGAUGAGUGUCCAGGAGUAUGAGCUGCUCAAGGAGGACGAUGAGCAGUGCUUGCGCAAGUAUCGCAAGCAGUGUAUGCAGGAGAUGCAUGAGCGGCUGAGCUUCGGGCCCAAGUUUGAGGGUGUGUACGACCUGGACAGUGGUGAGGCCUUUCUUGAUGUGAUUGAGAAGGAGCACAAACUUACCGUGGUGGUGGUGCACAUCUACAAAGAUGAUGUCAAGGGCUGUGAGGAGCUCAACAACUGCCUGAACUGCCUGGCCACCGAGUACCCCACCGUCAAGUUCUGUCGCAUCAAUGCGGCCGCCACCGGUGCAGGGGAACGGUUCUCUGACGACGUUCUUCCGGCUGUGCUGGUGUAUAAGGCUGGAGAGUUGCUGGGGAAUUUCCUAACUGUCACGCAGUACUUCAACGAGGAAUUCUUUGCCACCGAUGUGGAGGCCUUCCUCAACGACUAUGGACUGCUGCCAGAGAAAGAGCUCAGGGUAGACGGGGAGGAGGCAGAUGUGGAGUGAGGGAGGCUGUGCAGAAGUGGAAGAGAUGAUUCUGAAAGAGAUGUGAGGAUUUGAAGAGAAUAAGUUUAAUUAUUCCUCAGGUUAACAGGCUCUGACGAGUGUCAGCAAAGCGCUGAUCUAGGGACCAGUCUUUGUAACCUAUACGCUGGUCUUGUUACCCCUGAAAGACAAAUGAUGAUUCUUUAUCUUCAUUACGUCUAAUUCUGCCUCACUGAAAUAUCCUGUGAGUUUUUUUUUUUUUACAGUUUUUAGUACUAAUUUAUUUUUGCAGGCUGUUGAUACUUUUUUAGACCUUAAUAAGACAUUAUUGUAAGAAUCUAAAAGCCCAAAUGGUUUAUUACAUACUGCAGCUUUAAUGUUAAUUCAGAUACUAAUUUAGAAAACAUGUAUGAUGAUUGGCAAAGAUGUAAUAUUACAUAUUAUAUGGACAGAGGGCAUGAAGGAUAUGGGUCAUUCUACAGAAAUGUCCAUUUUUGUGUCCC